GAAUGCUAAUACAUAUUAGUAUUACUAGAUUUACAAUGAAUCUAACUUAUGUUUUGAUAUUCGUGUGUACAUUGAUUAUAGAAAUAGGUACGAACAUUUUGAAUAAGCAUAAGCCUAACCCUCGAAUGUUCCUUGAAGCCGUUGGCAAAAACUCUACAGGUUUUCAAAAUCCAGAAAAUAUUCUGUGCAGAGGCUGUGGAAGUAAAGCGUCUUCGGCUAAUUUCAUAAUAUCCAAAUUGAGCCCAUUUUCCCACUAUGCAUUCAAUGACACAUUGUUCAAUAGAGAAAAGGUUCUUGUACAAGUAGUGCCACAUGAUAUCAUUUUCCAAUUUCCUGUGAUAACUAUCACCCAGUCUACUUGCCAAGGUUUUGGGGAGUGGCAGGUUGAUAAUUCAUGGUUCCCUGGAUAUCGCUGGAAGCUGUGUAUUUGCCCUGAUUGUGGACAAUUUCUAGGCUGGAUAUUCGAGUCUAUUAAUCCUGGAAGUCCUAAAUCACUGGAUGAAGUUUUCUGUGUAGUUCUGACAACAGUGAUUGGAGAAACUUGUAAUUAUAAUUUGAAUCACAAGGGUUUUUGUGGGAACUUGUUUUGUUUCUUCAGAAUGAGAAGAGAAUGGUUAGCUAUUUGUGGAUUGUGGACCGCACUAUCAUUAUUUUUGCUUGUUAUCAGAUACAAUGAGGAAAACAUUUUGAUGUAUGCUUUAUGUGUUGUUGAUUACCAUAUUUCUUGUCCCCAUUUUGCAGUUGUAUGUCCCUUUGAUCAUGUUUUAUACAUGGAUAUAUAAGACUGGUAGGUUAACUACAUGUUUUGAGAACAAUAACGGAUUUUUUAAUGUCCUUUUGAUCUCAUUUGAUUCAUGCAGACUGGUAUUUUACCAUGAACUUGGAGAUUGUAGGGAACAAAUUGUGUUGUGUGUAGCUCUUUUUGAUGUAUGGAUCUAUAAUUCACUAAUUCCCGAUACCACUGGAGACUUUCAUAACAUUGUCAAACUAAAUGAAACAUUCUAUUGUUAAAUCCUUCAAACUCCAUUAAGCGUUAAAAGCAUUGCAGCAAAAUGGCAUUAUAUAUUCAACAGCUACUUCAUAAAUGUUACUUUCCUCUACAGGGUGCCAUGAGUUCUUGUUCUGCAAUAUUAUGUUUUAAAGUACAGUCUACCACUCUGUACUAUAUUUUCUUAACAAAAAGUGUAUUCAAACCAUUUUGAACAUCCUGCCUGGUUAGCUACUUUAUUAACCUCCAAAGUAUUUUGUAUUUGCUAGCUUGAACCAAUCAUCCUGACAUGUGCAUAACAUUCUUGGCGUGAUAAAUAAUGGCAUAAAAGUAAUAGUAGAUUGUUAGCCAAAGUAGUCUACUCGAAUUCCGAAUCCAAUGAAGUAUUACACGUAUUUUUUGGAGUAGUAUCUCUAUUUGUCACCACUAAAAGCAGGAGGCUCUUACAAAACAAGGUUAAAAUAAACUUGAGUAAUAUUUUUUAAUGGUACUUACAAUAAUAAAUCUAUGCUUUCAAUGGACCAAUUUACGUUAAAGGGUUGAUCGUUAUUUGCGCUGUUUCACUUAACUAUCUAUCAUUAACGGCCGGUUAGCAAUCGCCAAAUAAAUACCACAGUAAUCAUUGUACACAUUGAAAUCAAAACCUACAUAAGUAAUGCGAACACCGAUGUUUCGGUAUCUAUCAGUUUCAGUCUCUUGCUUAUUCGAGCGAUAGAUCGAAAAUGAAAGAUCGAAGUGUUCCGCGGUUAUACUAAUAAUAAGCGGCAUAUAUUACGGGCAACAAACAACCUUCAGUGUCAAAUAUAAGACCUACCGAAAAAAAACUAAAUUUCGAACGGCUGUAAUUCUUUUUCCAAGCAAGAUGACUAUGACUUUCUUACCGCGGUCAAAAGUCUUAAUAUUAUAAUAUAUAAGUAUUCCAAUAUUAAUAAUUCUGGUUUUACGCUGUGCGACGUUACACCGGUACAAUUGUAAAUAGAAAAGAUUACUAAAAUUUGGUCUUUUCCAAAUAGCAAGAAAAUUUGUAACAUCCUUUAUGCUUUCGAAACACUUAAAAUUACCUGGAAGUUUCGCACAUUUCAUAAUAGAUAACUAAUUUA